UAAAAGAACUGUCAAUGUCAAAACGUAAAGGCAAAGGGGAUUUGUUUAGAAACAUUUUGGAUGUAAAUAAACAAAACAAAUGAUAUCAAUGGUGUAACAGUAUCAGUUAUAACAUUAUUGAACUAAUCAAGAUCAAAUACUAAUUUAUUGGACCGUAUCGGAAGUGGAAGUAAUGACUUAUUUGAAAAGUUUAUGCCGUGCCUGUCUCGUGACAAAAUCUUCUUUUAACUAUUUUAUACAUGAAAACGUUUGUCCUGAUACUUACUGUUUCUGUACAUCAGUUGAGGUAUCCAAAGAUGAAGAAUUACCAAGAGGGAUCUGCAAUUCUUGUUAUGAACUGCUCAAAAAAUUGUCAGAAUUCAAACAAACAUGUUUACAAUCACAAGCCACACUUCUUGAUCUAAAAAACGGCCUCAAAUAUGAAAUAGAUGUACCAAUCCUAAGCAUCGAGGAUACAGACAAAAUUGAAAAUCAGGAAGAUGGGAUAAAAACCGAAGAUAUAGAAAAACUUGUAAAAGUUGAAAAUGAGGAGGUUGAUAAUGAUUACAUGGAUGAAGUGUAUCAUGAAAACCCAGAACUGAAUGAGGAAAAAUAUCUAAAAAGAAAAGUGAAGAAGUUUGUUAAGUUAAGCCAGCGAACCAAAGGUAUAGCUGCAAAAGUCAGAAAGAAAUUCAUCUACACUUGUGAUGUUUGUCAAAAAAAGUUUAAUUUUAAAGAAAGGUUUGAAGCUCAUAAACUGGGACAUGAGGGUAAAGUUGUCACCAUUCGCUGUGCACCAUGCAACAAGACAUUUGUAACAUGGAGUGGUCUAAAGCGCCACACGGAAAGCGAACACACUCAGGUGAAUUUGGAGAGUCUGAAGUGUGCCACUUGUGGGAAGAUAUUCAAGAACCGGCAGACGUUGAAGAUGCACGAGAAAAUGCAUGGGAACAGACGACUGAUCAUGUGCGAUGUUUGUGGAAAAGGAUUCACUACUGCCGUUAUUUUAAGAGCCCAUUUGGAAACUCACAAAGAAAACCGCGAACGACGCUUCACUUGCGAACACUGUGGAAAGAAAUUCUUUACGAACACGAUACUACUGUCCCACGUAUCCAGACGGCAUUCAGGCCGACGGUUCAUAUGCCAAAUAUGUUCCUUUCCAUUCACAGACAAAUAUAACUUGGCCAAACAUUUGCUAAUACACGACGGGAAGAAGCUGUAUAAGUGUGAUAUUUGCAACAAAUCAUUUGCCACACAAUCUACUUUAACGGAACAUAAACGACUGCACUCUGGAGAAAGACCGUAUGUUUGUAACUAUUGUCUUAAGGCUUUCGUGUCUAAGAAGAGACUGACUGAUCACGUAAGGAUACAUACUGGGGAUAAACCGCAUAAGUGCACGUUCUGUGAACAGAGGUUCACGCAAAGAGGUACAUUGAAAAGGCAUAUGAAGGUUCAUGACAGAGCUGUGCCAACAAUUAAUUGAUUUAAAAGUAUUAGUAAAUCUGAGAUUGAAACAGAGUGGUAACAAAAACGGCAGCUACAGUUCUGAGUAUAGCCAAAGCAGAAAUCACAGCAUUACUUAAUUUUAAGUGUAUGAAAUUAAAUUAUUUUUUGAUA